UUCAGAGUCACAUGACUGUAAUGAAACUACAACAACACAACAGCAGAAAUGACACUUAUUCAUUCCGCUUUUGUGUCCAGAGUUUAAAAGAUGUCGAUGUUUAAAGUGGGUUUAAUUUACUCGGUGUUGCUGGUUGUGUUUGGAGCUGCGCGGGGAUUUCUGGGAGGAGGAGACGCGUUUCGACGGAAGGUGUCUGUAGAGCUGAAUCCUGGUCUCGUGCCUCCUCUUUCUCUUCCUCCUGGGGUGGGUCUGGUUCACCUGCGGGGUCUGGGGGAAAACGACACGCUUCACUUCGUGCUGUGUAAUGCUGGAGCCCCAGCGCUGCUGCUGGUGCACAGUAACAGCACUCGCUCUGCAGUCACGAUAGACUGGCCGGAGUUCAUCAACAGCAGUUCAGCAGGCAGCCUGAGGGUGGAGCCGGAGAGCAGUGUCACGUACAGCAGCGCGCUGGUGUUCACACGGCUGUGGGAAUAUGAUGAUGUAAAUAACACGGCAGACCCACAGAAAGCAGCAGAGUCCAGCUUUUAUCCUCCAUACGAGCUGCAGAACUUCAUCUGGUCUGAGCUGAACACCACCGUUAACCAGUCGGACCACACGGUGGCGCUGUGCGGAGGAGAGAAAACACAGAGCUUCAGCAACGGCUCCCUCUGUCUGCAGGUGUCAGUGUUUGAGUCUGAGGGUCGUGAUGAAGCAUGGCCGAGUCUCCUUCAUAAUGCAAACUCCUCACAGCUCAGCGUGUGGAUAAACGGAGUGACGCCGCGAGGAAAUAACUCUAGAUUCGUUCUGGAGUUUCAGUCUGUUGGCGAUACCGAGUUCCAGAGCCGAGUGGACGUGCGCAGCUCUAUAGACGACGAGUACACACCCUCCAUAUUUAAGGUGUUGGAGUGGGUGUCGUCUCCUGUAAACUCCAGCAGUGUGUGGGGUUUCAGUCAGUGGAAGCCGGUGGCGUACCGUAAAGCUCGUCCUGUGUUCGAGGACGCCACCGCCUGCAGACACUCAGAGCUGGUGUCUGUGAGCCGCAUGCCCCCAUCUGCUGUCAUUCAGGCUUAUUUCACACACCAUACUCAGAUUCACGCCCUCAACAUCAGCUUCGGCCUCGCUGAAGACCCCGUGUUCUACAACAACACCAAAUACAUCAGCUGGACGGUUUUAAUGGGUUUGGGUGAUCCUCCAUCAGACUCGUUCUCUCCAUUAAUAAUCAUCAUCAUCACGGUUGGUCUGGUCACUCCGCUGGUGUUCAUUAUUCUGGGCGGAGUCUUUGUUUGUGUCCGCAAGAGGACGUCCCAGUCAACAGGAUACGAGCCAAUCAACUGAAGCCACACGGUACAAGCCCUGCCCCCCCACACACACACUGCCAAUCAGCGACGAGGCUGCUGACUCCUGAUUGGACGAUUAGAACUAAUACACACACAGGUUACUGAUGCCUUUUUGAUCGUUACAUAAUGAAUUUUUAUACUGAUUGGCUAUUGGAUGACCGGAUGAAUAUGCAAAUUUGAAUAUUUUGUUUUUACAUCAUUUUUCAGACAUGAUGCUUGACAAAUCAGAUUUCAGGCCAAUUUUAAAUCCUUUAUAACUUGAUUUUCUCUUUAAUAUUGAAAUUAAUGCAAAUGUCUUGCUUAUUUAAUGACCAAGUGCACUUCUCAGGGAUUUAUUUUUUGUAAACAUUUCAUUUGCACCCUGUUUAAAAAAAAACAAACACUCUGAGUGUGUGUUUGUGAUCGUCUCCAGCACUUAUAAAACUGUAAAUAUGGAUUUCUAACACGCUGCUGUAAUGUUUAUCCCUCUCUAUAAAUGAAUGAACGAACUCUCUGAUUGAUUUUGUGUUCAUUGUGAAUCAAACAUGCAGCAUUUAUUCAGAAACACACUCAGACGUUAUAUAUACACAGACAUUACGAUAUAAAAUAUUCAUGUAAUAUGUAUCAUAGAACUGUAAAAUAUUGAUGAUUAUUGCAUAUCUGAAACAUUCAACGUCAGAAUACUGUAAAACAAAAUACAAUUAUUAUCCAAAAGUGAGUCUAAACAAAUAUAUCAUUACAAUAUAAUUCAGUUUUGCCUGUUUAAAAAUAUAUUUGCAUGAUAACAACUUAAUAAAACAGUAACGAGCACAUCGUUCUCUAAAAUAGAAGAGGAAUUUGGGAUGGAAAUGUUGAUGACAUGAAAUAAUGCAAUACAUAAUUAAGAUUAUUCAAAUAUUAAAUAUAGUUUAUUUGGUGUUUUAGUACAAAAACUU